UACAGAAUCUUCUGGGUCGUCUUUCUUUACUCUUUUCCUUGUCGAAGUUUUCCUCUAAUCAAAUAGUUCAAAAAGGGGAUCUCAAAUUUUGAAUUUGCUUCGUAAAGGACAAUAAGAAAAUCUGAAUUAGCUUUCUGGUUAAGCAAUGUCUUCUCCGGCCGAAUAUUAUAAAUCUCUUCCACCCAUAACAAAGGCUUAUGGGACCCUCUGUCUGUUGGCAACCACUGCCUACCAGAUUGGAUUAUUUGAUCCUCGGGAUAUUGCGUUAUUUUAUAAACCGGUAUUCACACAAUUUCAGGUCUGGAGACUGAUUACAAACUUCUUUUUCCUUGGAGAAUUCUCUAUCAAUUUUGGAAUCCGCCUUUUAAUGAUAGCUAGAUAUGGAGUUCAGCUUGAGAAGGUACCAUUCGACAGGCGGACAGCUGAUUUCUUGUGGAUGAUGAUAUUUGGGGCCUUUUCACUAUUAGUAUUAGCAGCCAUCCCAUACUUUCGACAUCUCCUUGGAAUAUCACUUGUGUUCAUGCUUCUCUAUGUCUGGAGUAGAGAGUUUCCAAAUGCUCAAAUCAGUAUAUAUGGGCUCGUGACUCUUAAGGCAUUUUAUUUACCAUGGGCAAUGCUUGCUUUGGACGUUAUUUUUGGUUCACCAAUUAUUCCAGAUCUACUGGGAAUAAUUGCAGGACAUCUGUAUUACUUCUUGACUGUUCUGCAUCCACUUGCUGGUGGGAGAAUCAUUCUAAAGACUCCAACGUGGGUACAUAAACUGGUUGCAAGGUGGCGGAUAGGAGCUCCGCCAACUAGUGCUCAGCCUGAAAGGACAACUGGUGCAGCUGCUUUCAGAGGGAGGUCUUAUCGACUUAGCGAUUAAUUCUGCUUCUUCACCGAGGGACCAUAUCAUUUCCCAUUGUUUCAAAUUCUUUACCUUGUUUCUCUUUUUGGAUGCACACUAACAAGCACAUUAAGGGUUUUGAGCAAAUGAAGCAAAUGUUGUGCUUCGGCAUUUAUCCUAUGUUGUUUGUUCCUUGCUCAUAUGCCUUCUAAAGGAGGUUUCUUGACUUUCUUUUUGUCUUGUGAUGAAAUUCCUCUAGAGAUAUAAUACGUUUCUCUGAGCAAAAGACUAAAGAGAUAUAUUUUGUAGAACAGGAAGGAAACAUGCCAAGUAGCAGUUGAUGGAAACCUUUUGAUCUAUGCAAUUUAUUCAAUUU